GAAAUGCCGCUGUCUGCUAUAAAGAAGUAUUUUUUUUUUCUGUCUCGCUGCUGUUUGAACGCAACAAGUCGUGAAGAUGCUGAUAAAGGAAUACAGGAUUGUGCUGCCCUUUUCGGUAGAGGAGUACCAAGUGGGUCAGCUCUAUGUUGUAACGGAGGCCAGUAAGAGUGAGACUGGGGGAGGAGAAGGUGUGGAGGUGUUGAUAAAUGAGCCUUAUGAGAAGGAGGAUGGUGAGAAGGGGCAGUACACCCUCAAGAUCUAUCACUUACAGAGUAAAGCACCAGCCAUAAUCAGAAAGCUGGCUCCAGCAGGUCUUCUUGAAGUGCGUGAAGAGGCCUGGAAUGCGUAUCCUUACUGUCGAACUAUUCUUACAAACGCGUACAUGAAGGACAACUUUAUGAUUAAGAUUGAAACGUGGCACAAAUCUGAUAUGGGGGACACAGACAAUGUACAUGGACUGGAUAUAGCAACACAGCAGAAGGUUGAGAUUGUUCACAUCGACAUUGCUGACAAAAGUCAAGUAUCUGGAGGGGACUACAAACCGGAUGAAGAUCCUGCAACUUUUCAGUCAGUAAAGACAGGUAGAGGCCCUCUGAAAGAAAACUGGAAGACAGAGCUCGCCAACAACUCCAGCUGUCCACACAUGUGUGCCUAUAAGUUGGUCUCCAUCAAGUGCAAGUGGCAUCUCCUUCAAAACAAAUUAGAAAGUUACAUUCAGAAUGUUGAGAAGCGCUUGUUCACCAACUUCCACAGGCAGGUAUUCUGCACAAUGGACAAAUGGAUUGAUCUGUCGAUGGAUGACAUACGACGUAUGGAGGACGAGACAAAAAAAGAGCUGGAUGAGAUGAGAAUGACUGGUGAAGUAAAAGGCUCAAAAGCAUAAGCAAACAGCUAAAAAUCACCAUCCAUAUCACUUUUGACAUCUGAUUGGCAUUCCUACUCUUCUUCAACAGUGAACCUACAGAGGAUGCACUAAGAACCAUUUCUACAUUCUAGGGGGAAUAAAGUUCUCAAGUAUCCAUUUAAAAUGCAAUUUGGAUUUUUUUUUUUUUUUUUUUUUGUGAUUUUACAUUUGUAGUCAUAAUGACUACAGUAUUCUAGUACAGUGUGUUUCCACUAAAUGCACUUACUGCUCUGUUAAAUACACCAAUGUGUACGCACAUGAAACUACUACAUUUAAAGAACUGAAAGCACUC